AUGUUCCCCAAGGGGAUAAUUUUGAUGACUGUCCUCAUUUCACAGAUUACAGAAAAGGUGAUCUUUGGAGUAGAGGGUCAAGAACUGGUUCAUCCUAAAAGGAUUCCUCUGAAACAGAAGAGAAAUCUUGAGCACAGCCACGAUUCUAUUCUUCAGGAGACUCAUGAGGAAGAAUUGUUGUAUGAAAUUAAAGUAGGUAGAAAAACUUUAAUCUUCCACCUUCUGAAAUCAAGGGAAUUCCUUGCUUCAAAUUACAGUGAAACAUUCUACACCAUAAUGGGAAAUAUCGUCACCAACUAUCCCCAGAUCUUGGAUCACUGUUUUUACCAAGGUUCCAUCAUACAUGAGUUUGAUUCUGCUGCCAGUAUCAGCACUUGUAAUGGUCUGAGGGGCUUCUUCAGAGUGAACGGCCAGCGGUAUCUCAUCGAGCCAAUGAAAUACUCAGAUGAGGGAGAGCAUCUGGUGUUCAAAUACAAUUACAAGGUGCCCUAUGUUGUCAGCGAUUCCUGUGCCGGGCUCAAUUUUACCAAGAAACCUGCUGCAAUAGAUCCUAAGUAUCAGGAAGAUCAGAAAGUGGAAGGCUUCUACAAAGAAAAGUUUAUUGAACUGUUCAUUGUUAUAGAUGAUUAUGUGUAUCGCAGGAAUAGGAAACCUCACAACAAACUAAAGAAACGAAUUUGGGGAAUGGUCAAUUUUGUCAACAUGAUUUAUAAAACCUUGAACAUUCAUGUGUCAUUGGCUGGCCUUGAAACGUGGACAACUGGAGACAAAAUAGAAAUAGAUUUGAAUAUAGAAACUACCUUACUGCGUUUUUCAACCUGGCAAGAAACAGUCCUUAAAAAGAGAAAGAAUUUUGAUCAUGCUAUUUUACUGAGCGGGAAGUGGCUCUACAUGCCUGAGCAAGGGAUUAGCUACCCAGGGGGAAUGUGCCUGCCUCUUAGUUCAGUCAGUGUUGUAAAGGAUCUUCUACCGGAUAUAAACAUAGUUGGAAACAGAAUGGCUCAUCAGUUGGGACACAACCUUGGGAUGCAGCAUGAUGAGUUCCCGUGCACCUGUCCUUUGGGAAAAUGUGUGAUGGAUGGUGGAGGAAGCAUUCCUGCAAUAAAAUUCAGUAAAUGCAGCCAAACCCAGUACCAGCAAUACUUGAAGGAUCAUAAGCCAGCAUGCAUGCUCAAUAAUCCACUGCCUGUCGAAGUUAAUGAUGACUCAUUUUGUGGGAACAAGAAAGUGGAAGAAGGAGAAGAGUGUGACUGUGGACCUGUUCAGGAGUGUACCAAUCCUUGCUGUGAUGUAAACAAAUGUCUACUGAAGCCAGGGUUCAAUUGCGCAGAAGGAGACUGCUGUGAAUCUUGUCAGAUAAAGAAAGUAGGGACCAUAUGCAGACCAGCAAAAGAUGAAUGUGACUUUCCUGAAGUGUGUACUGGGUACUCACCUGAGUGUCCUAAGGACCAGUUCCAAGCCAAUGGGUUUCCUUGCAAGAAUGGACAAGGCUACUGUUUUAUGGGGCAGUGUCCCACUCUGGGUGAUCAGUGCUUGGAACUGUUCAAUGAUGGAGCACAAGAAGGCCAUAAUAUCUGCUACAAGAUGAAUAAAAAAGGAAACAAAUUUGGAUAUUGCAAAAAGAAGGGAAACAAAUUUGUCCCCUGUGAAGAGAAAGACAUCAAGUGUGGAAAGAUCCACUGUACUGGAGGCCAGCACUCACUACUUCUUGGAGAAGACUAUAACUUCAAAACCCAAAAGGAGAAUGUCACAAUCAAAUGCAAAACCAUGUUUCUGUAUCAUAAUUCUAGAGAUAUCGGCCUGGUUAAAUCUGGAACAAAAUGUGGAGAGGGAUUGGUGUGCAGCAAAGGUGAAUGCAUACGGAAGGAGAAGGCCUACAACACAACUGGAUGCCCCUCCCAGUGUGAUGAAAAUUCUGUGGAUGACCAUGAACCUGACUGCCAGUGCAAAGAAGGACACAUAAUCACAGACUGGGGAGAAGCCAUAAAUCUUACCAGUUUCUCCAUCAUGGCUGCUGUGCUUGUCAUGAUUGUGAUUGGCAUUGGACUUGUCAUACUAUUAAUUCGUUACCAGAAAUGCAUUCAGUUGAAGCAGGUUCAGAGCUCUGCUAGAGAAAUAAGGGGAGUAGAGAAUAAAGGAUACUUUGCUAAUGAGCAGCAGUCAAAAACUGAGCCGGUCCUGAGAGAUAUCCACCCUCUACAUACAAUAGCAGAGUCCUUGGAGAGUCUUCCAUCCAGCUUUUCAAGUCCCCACUACAUCACACUGAAAUCUGUCAGCAAAGAUCCAACAGGAAUAGAAGACCCCAGUGAAAAUGACAAGGUGAAUUCAAAAUUGGACAUCCAGAAUGGCUGUGCAAGGCUGGGCUGA